GUUCAACGCAUAUUAUGUGGACGAAUCUGUUACAAACUAUCGUCCCCUCACCCAACCCACCCAACCUCUAUUGUCAUCAGUCGACCAUCGAUUUGGUUGCCCUGUGAUUUGCCAUAGCAAAAACUCUUAAAAAAUUAUGGCUAUUUUAAUUGAAAUUUUUUUGAAUCUGUUUCAAGGACAUAAGUAAAAUCAACAUAUUAAGAAUAUUUCAAAAUGCCAAGGAUUGAUCCGCUUUCAUUACUAGACUGUCUAAGUGUGCUGCUUAAUCCCUUGGGAGGAAUCAAAACCCAAGAGGAUGUUGCUAGGAUAGUAAGUCUGAUGAGCAAAUUCUCAAAGAAGCUUGUCAGCAAGUGUGUGUAUGUGGAGAUUUUGCAUGCAACUGAAAGUAAACUACUGGAGAACUACAUGGUCCAUGGUGGCUGGGAACUGGUGAGCCAGUGGAUAUUAGAUGCUGUGGAAACAAACAACGGACCAUUGCUGGAAACCCUGCUGUCACUUACCAAGAAAAGUUGGUUCCCUCUAGAAGUGUUGAAGAUCAACGACUGUGCCAGAUCUGUGAACUCCUUAAUAACAGCUGCACCAAAUGAGCGCGUCAAAUUGCUUGCUCACGAAGUAGUCUCGCAUUGGAAGGAAAUAGCCAGAAUGAAUGACAUUAAGACUGCGGCGAUGGAAACAACCAAUCAAACCCAAGUAGAAAUCAAGGAAGAAGUCGAAGAAACGAUAAUCGAUUCUAACCAGGUGUUAACUGAAGAAGCAGUCAAGUUAGAAUUGAGCAAAGAGGAACCUGAGGAUGUCGAAGAGGAGGAGGAGGAAGAAGAUGAAGAUGCGUGCGAUGCCACUUCGACAUCGAUCGAAGAGGAUGGGCCGAUUGCCCAACCUCUGGGAGAACUGCCAGUUUACAGACUGACCAUGCGGGACGGGAAACACGUUCUUGCCAAGGUCACUACUGGCCCAACAAUUCAGCCCGAAUUCAAAACUGUCGAAGUAGAAGUGCCACUCGUUGAAACCUCGCCCGUCAAGGAUGGACCAAAGGGAGCGGCCAGACGGAAGCAGGACUUGAAACCGAAGGAGCUGCACACUGCGGAAGACUUGGAAAAGCGACAGCAAAACCAGGAGAAGGUGGCGGCCAAAAAGAAGAGAGCAGACGAGGAGCGAAUCAAGGAAAAGCUUUUCAAAGAGAAGCAGAAAAAGCUGAAAGAGAAGCUGGCCGAGAGGGAAGCAAAGAAGCUGAAGGAGCAAAAAGAGAAAGAUGAGGCUACUUUAGCGCAGCUCAAGUCUACAAGCCAAAAAGUCGUGCUGGCAAAAAUUCCAAAAAAGAGCAAAGCUGAGGAUGGCGACAAGAAAAAGGAUUCGCUUAGUGAGAAAAAGGCGGAUUCAUCGAGACGUAGCUCCACUGACGACGAAAAGAAGAAAAAGCCAUCAAAGAAGGAGUCUAAAUCACCUGUUGUGGACAAAGUCUCUUCACCCAUGCAACCUGUCAAGCAUAAGGUGAAAACUUUCAACUCAAAGUUCAGGUCGACUGGCUUGGAGGAGGAGCCUCCGCUGCCGCCCCCGAGAGGUCACAGCAAGAAGGACCUCAAGGAUAAACCUAACCUCAAGAGGUCACCUCCACCAGGUGGGAAAGAACCUGUGGAAAAGAAAAGUAAGCUGGAGGAUGUGGUGAAGAAGGUCAACGAGAAACCAAAACCUAAGCCGGGCAUACAACUUUUGCAAGAGAGCAACUUUUUCAUGGAUGCCCUCAACGCUACUGUGAAAAUAGAGCCCAGGAAAAGAAAACGGCGUGUCAGUUCCAGCAAAGAUGAUCCACCUCCUUCCAAGGAGAAGAAAACUGAGAAAGUUGCCUCUCCCACCCUAACAAAACCUGUCAAAUUCUACACAGAGAAUCAGGAAGGAAAAGACGACGACCAGGACAGAAACGAUGAUGACAGUAACCUUGAGGCUAGAAGUCCCACCCCUCCAGCUGAGAUCACGGGGGAGGAAUCAACUGAAAACAGUGAGUUGCGUCCAGAUGGCACCAAGAGUGUUUUAGUAAUUCACAGACCUGCAGAUCGGGUCAAGAAGUCAGUGCGAUUCAAAAGUGAUGAAGAACUAGUCAGCAUUCAGUAUUUCGAGCUGGAUGAGACCGAAAGAGUUAAUGUGAAUAAGAUGGGAGGGGACAUGAAAGUAUCUGACGCUGCUUACGAAAGAGACAUGUACAUGAACGCCAAGAAAAGAGCAGUGCGAAUUUUUGCAGAUGCUCAACCAGAAGUGAUAGAGAACAUUCCUUGGAAACUAAUUAAAAUAGAUUGCUCAAAUCCCUUGGCUGAGCCUGGAAAGAACAGCACGGAGAAAUUAGUUCAGGAAGAAAGAGAGAAGACGGUGUUGCAGGCGAUUUACUUCUCACCGGAAUCUAUUCCUGAUUCACCAGCUGAGGCUUUGCUAGAAGAGUUCUCUCCUGCCGAACCGAGAACCAUACCCUUGGACGACGUGACAGGCAACUUAGAUAACGUCAAAGAUUGGUCAUAUCUUCCUUGGAUUGAGCCAAAAGGAUUCGCACCUGUUGCAACUCCGGCGGUGGCACCUCCUGUGGCCGGAAGCAGUGGCGGUGGUGGUGGUGGAUGGAGGACGGGCGACGGCCAAAUUCUGGCUAGCAGCGUCCCAGAGCCAUCGACCUUCCAGCCCCAGCAGGGCUUCAACGUCGGCUACGAAACAGGCAACAUGAUGAACCCCAACUUCGGCUACCAGUCGAAUAACUUCAACAUGCCACGACCCGACUUCAAUAAUAUGAACGGCAUGAUGAACCCCAACAUGAUGCCGCCGAACGGAGUGCCACCACCCAACUUCAUGCCAUUUCCACCAGGCAACAACUUCAACGGUCCACCGCCAGGCAACUUUAAUGGCCCGCCGCCAGGCAACUGGGGGCCUCAGGGCUUCCGAGGGCGUGGGUUCAUGCGCGGCGGACGGGGCUUCUUUCCUCCAAGAGGGGGGCUGCGGACCAAUAUGUGCAAACACCACAUGCGAGGCUUCUGUCGCAACGGAGACAGCUGCCACUUCAAACACCAGUAGAGCUGGUGGCUGGCUGCACGAAGCAAGACUGACCUGUCGUUAAACCAAUGUGAUAAUUUCUAUUUAAAAUGCAUCUUGAGUGAAAUAAACCAUAAUAGGACUUAUUUGCGAAUCGUGAUAUGUCGCAAUUCCAGCUAAAUAUACAUAGUUCGUUAUGUAAGGUGCAUUUAAAAAUAAUAAUGAGAGAACUGACGUCUUGAGACUAAAAUAAAACUAAGUAUUAUAUACUUUUUCAAGAAAUGAAACACAGUCUCUUGUUGGUGUAAACAUUUAUUAUAAAAAAAGCCAUCGGAUGCUUGUUCAGUUCGGCUCAUCCCAAGGGCAGAAGCAAUUCCCGAGGUAGUGGGAACAGCAGGGCCGCACAGCUGGGUCUGUUCGAGUGUCUACCACGCUUGUGUUAUCCUUUUGCACCGAGUUAAGGUAUUCAUGCAAGACCUGAAGCGCCCGCUCGGCAACCUUGACUGAGAAACGUCAUAAACCAAAUUGCUAAGUCUCUAUAAAGAAAAUUUAUCACAUCUUCUAGUCCCGUGCAACGGGAAACGCUCUUCAGGGUCCAUCGCAAGGUCAAACACUAGGGGUGGGUAGUGGAAACGAAAAGGUGGCUCUGGCAGGCCGCAGCCUGCUACUCCUCCAGAGUGGAAAACUGCUUUCAUAUGUCUGACCCUGACGGCCCCUAUAUCGUCCCAAUGGCCAACGUGAGCGUUGCUCGGGUGAAGAAGGACCUGAAAAAGGUAGAUGUCAUGCUACGCAGUGUGAGUCAUGCUGUCCUGACCUGGUGGCCGUCGAUGGAAUGGCCCUGAAGCAAGUCAGUAGAUAUAUCAAGACCGUCGUAGAAGUGAUGGCUGGGCAAUUUUGCUCCAGUUAGUGAUGAAAUUGUUGGAACCACGUCAAGUGCUGACAAAAGUGCGCUGGACACUGUUGACUUAAUAUGAAGUAAUUUACGUUAUUUUUGCGUUCUUCUAGAUAUUGAUAAGCCUAAGCAUAGUGAAAUAAAUUGUAUUUUUGUUCGAAUAAUUAACUAAUAUGUAUGUACUCAAUGUAAUUAGGCAUAUUAACGGGGCAUUUUGUAGAAUAGAAAAAUAUGAUACCAUUCUGAUGUUGGUAAUAAAUCGAAUAACAAUAAUAAUAGA